AUUCCCGCGGGAUCUAACGGGGAAUUCAACUUGCCGGAAGAGUUGACGACCAUGCUGACUUGAGGGAAGGAUUGUGAAGUAUGGGACCCGACGGGGAAACAGUACCUCGAUUUCUCUAUGGGGUGGGGCAUUGCGCUCGUCGGCCACGCCAGGCGAGAAGUUCUGGAGGCGGUCACGCGUCAAGCCCGACUGGGCUCCAACUUCGCCUACAUCAAUGACAAGGAGCUGGAACUAGCUGAAGAAAUCAUCAAAUUGAGCCCAGCCGUGGAGCAGCUACGAUUCUGCGCAUCGGGAACGGAAGCUACGAUGUAUUGUGAUUGUCUGGCUAGGGCUUUCACCAGCAAGACUAAAAUGCUCAAAUUUGAAGUCGGCAGUGCGAUGUCGUGUUCCCAGCAAUCGCUCUCUGUAUCUUCCAGCUAUCACUUUGUCUUCUCCUUCGAGGGCAUAAGUCAUUUAGUAGAUGGUCACGUCUUGGUGUCUCCGUACAACGAUCUUGGACAAACAGAAAGGUUCGUGGAGCAGUACGACCUCGCCGCGGUGAUGGUGGAGCCCUUACAUCGAUGUACGAGCCCGAAGCCGGGUUUUCUGGAAGGGAUCCGCGCUGUCACCAGACGCCACGGUGUGCUUCUCAUUUUCGACGAGGUGGUGACUGGUUUCCGUCUGGCUUACGGCGGGGCCCAGGAGUAUUUCGGCAGUGGUGGAUACCCUUUCGGUGUCUUUGGAGGGCGCAAGGAUAUCGUAGGGCUUGUUAGCGAGGACCACCUUGGGGUUGACAGUCGUUACGUGUGGACAGCGUCCUCUCUCGGUGGUAACCCAAUAAGUUGCAGGGCUACACUCGCUGCGCUCUCUUACGAACAUCUGCAUGCCAUUGGCAAGUACCUACGUGACGGCAUGACGAAAUGCCUGGCUGAUGUCAAUGUCCCAGGUCAUGUGAUAGGUGACAGUCCUUUGGCACAGAUAUUGCACUGUGCUACUCUGGUUCGUGACUUCCGGCGGCAGAAGAUGCAGGAGAAUGGGGCUCAGAGACGCGCUGUUAUGAUUGGUCUGUUCAGACGAGGAAUUUUUAUCAAUCCGAUGGGCACCAAAUUUUAUCUAUCACUGAAGCACACAAUGGAAACUUGUGAUCAGUUUCUAGAACACCCAGAAGACACUCUUGUCGAAUUUAAAAGAGAGCGAUCUCAGAUAAGAUGA